AUGUCCGUCGAAGCCAAGUUCCAGAAGGCCGUCCAGAUUGUCGGCUCCCUCCCCAAGGACGGGCCCGUCCAGCCCACCCAGGACGACCAGCUCAAGUUCUACGGUCUCUUCAAGCAGGCCAACAACGGCGACGUCACCACCAGCCGACCUGGCAUGUUUGACCUCCAGGGCAAGUACAAGUGGGACGCCUGGAAGUCCAACGAGGGCAAGUCCAAGGAGCAGGCCCAGCAGGAGUACGUCGACGCCCUCCUCGCCAUCCUCGAGAAGCACAAGGAUGCCGGCGACUCUGCCAAGCACAUCGAGGAGAUCAACAGCGCCUAG